GUUGUUCGUAUUGUGUGUGUGUGUGAAAGUGCAGUGAAAAUAUGUUAAUACCUAAUGUUUAUAGUGAUAAUUUUAGUGUUUAAGUGAAAAGCUUGUGCUUUAAUGCAGUGGUUUUCUUAUCAUGGCAUUGGAUUUACGCCUGCAUUCUCCAGCAGGCGCCGAACCUGUUGUUUAUACAUGGCCCCUUACUUCGGGUCAUGGCUCGGACAAACACGAUGGGGCCUUGGAGAUAGUGGAAACCAUACGGUGGGUGUGCGACGACUUACCAGAGAUGAAGGCUGCACUCGAAAACAACAUCCUGUGCGACUACGACACCCACUCCUACGAAAGCAUGAGAGCUCUUUGCGACCGUUUCAACCGCGUCAUCGAUUCUGUUGUGGCUCUGGAAAAAGGCACUUCAUUACCGACACAACGUUUAAACAAAUAUCCAUCGAGAGGAUUGUUAAAGCAUAUCUUGCAACAAACAUACAAUCAAGCUGUCUCUGAUCCUGAUAAGCUCAAUCAAUAUGAACCAUUUUCACCAGAGGUAUAUGGAGAGACGUCAUAUGAGUUAAUAAGCCAAAUGAUUGAUCAGAUAGAUAUAACAGCAGAAGAUGUUUUUGUAGACUUGGGCUCUGGAGUAGGCCAAGUUGUAUUGCAGAUGGCAGCCGCCACACCGUGCCGCGUUUGCCUUGGUGUUGAAAAAGCAGAAGUUCCUAGCAAAUACGCUGAGAGUAUGGACUUUCACUUUAGAAUGUGGAUGAGAUGGUAUGGCAAGAAAUACGGAGAAUAUAAAUUAAUAAAAGGCGAUUUUUUGUUGGAUGAACAUAGAGAAAAAAUCAACGCUGCCACUAUCGUUUUUGUUAAUAACUUCGCAUUCGGUCCACAUGUAGAUCAUCAGUUGAAAGAACGGUUUGCUGACUUGAAAGAUGGUGCAAAGAUUGUGUCAUCAAAAAGUUUUUGUCCUCUAAACUUCAGAAUAACUGACAGAAACUUAAGCGACAUCGGGACCAUCAUGCACGUCAGUGAAAUGUCACCCUUGAAAGGAUCUGUCUCAUGGACUGGGAAGCCCGUAUCUUAUUAUUUACAUAUUAUAGAUAGGACCAAAUUGGAGAGAUACUUUCAAAGACUGAAAAACCCGAAACUCAAGGUCAGCAAAAGGGGCGCGCACAACGGUUGUGAGGAAGGCGAAGGAAGCAGUAAACGGCAUUUGAGUGCCCCGCCAACGCGGCAACCCACGCCUGACCUGCUCAACGGCAAUAGUAACCACAGCACCGGCUCGCUGCCUGAGCGCAGAAGAAAAGUAACUCGAGCGAGACCCGUCAGGGGUGAGAAUGGGAGAACAAGAGCACGUGCAGCAGUAGCGAAGCGACGUGUGGCGCGCCGCUCCAGCGAUGAAACCGACGAAGAGUCAAGUGGUACUGACGAUGCACCACCAGGACCCGAACCUGCGCCGCGAGAAUGGGGUGCACCAUGGGCCUCCUCUUCAGAUUCAAAUCGCAGCAGACGGUCGACGAGCAAACGUAGUGCAAGUGUAGGUGGCGCCCGUAGACGAGCCGCCCGAGCCAAACGUCGUCGCGGUCCAACACCUUUGAUUGCCGGGCUCGACUUACUGCACUCCACAACACUUGCGUCGACAUUACGCAAUGGCGCCGUGACUGUACCGCCUCCUGGGUGCGUAGAACAGCGUCUAUCUGCGCUGGGCGUACAACUGCAGCCCGCAGACCGGCUGCACUCAGAACUAGAUAUACCACGCUCACCGCACACGCCGUACAGCUUACAGUUACUGCUCGACAUGUUCAGAGAUCAAUAUCUUGCUUUCAUUAAUCGUAUGAACUCACCUGAAUACGCUCUUGAAAUUCGACACCAAAUAGAUAAAGAGAAGGAAAGAAAUCAAAAAUUGAAAUCAAGAGCGUCACAAUUAGAUAAACAGAUCAACGUACUAAUUAGCGACAGUGUCGCCUUGUUAAAAGCGCGCAUGAGCGAAUUAGGUAUACAUGCAAAUAACACAGUGGAUUUGUUGGCAAAAGCUAAGGAGAUUGUAGGAAGACAUAAAGAAUUGCAAAGUAAAGCAAGCAAACUGCAGGCACAGGUAAACAAUAUUGAAGCUGAACAGGCUAUGCUUGUUAAACAAAGAACAUUUGAAAUAACUGAGAAAUAUCGACAAUUAGGUCACAUACCUGCGGACGUAGAAAUCACUCAGAAUAUUGCACACGAUUGUAUAUUAAAAGAAAUAUCGGCCACAUUGGCACAUAGAAAAAGAUUACAUGCACAGGUGGGCCUGCUUCAAAAUGAAAUCGGCCAAAUGGAAAGAGCUGGUGAGCAACAAAAAGUGAUCCCCUCCUGUGUGCCGGUGGCCACCGUUAAACCUCACACGGUCAACUCGAAACCGAGAAAAUCCAGGGAACAUCGUUCGAGGUCCCAGGAGUGGCCCGACGUGCCGGACGUGGGAAAGAUCGAAGAGCAGAAUCCGGAAAUACUGGCGCAAAAGAUCCUAGAGACCGGUCGACAGAUCGAAGCCGGGAAGAUCUCUAAGCCGAACGUGAUCGUAAACGGAUACGCUCGGGAGCCCGACCGGCACUCGGAGGCGCACCGGCCGCAGCGGCCGGCCGCGCCCGUGCACCGCGCGCAGCCGCACGCCGCGCGGCCCGCGCACCCGCCGCCGCUCGCGCGCCGCCACUCGCCCGUCAAGCCGCAGAAGCCGCUCAACGUCGUCGCCAAGGUGCAGGAAUCGCCGAAGGUGAUCAACUUCGAGGACCGGCUCAAGAGCAUCAUCACGUCGGUGCUCAACGAGGACCAGGAGCACCGCAAGGCGACGCGGCAGCCGGCGCCGAGCCACGCCUACAGCAACGGUUACGUGCGGGCUGCGGGCGCGGCGCAUGGGUCGUACGCGACGCAUCCGACGCACGCGACCCACUCGCCCCACUCGACCCACGCGACCCACGCGACCCACGCGACCCACGCGACCCACGCCGCCCACGGGGCCCACGGGGCGCGGUCGGGCGGCGGUGGCGCGGCGGGCCCGCAGCCGCGCGCCAGCCGAGACUCGCGCCGCGACCGCUUCGCGUACGAGCGCCGCGAGCCGCCGCGGCUGCCCCCCGACAUGCGCCACCACCCCGCGCACGUGCAUCAGCCCGACUACACGCAGGUGUCACCGGCGAAGUUGGCGCUGCGACGACAUUUGUCACAGGAGCGAUUGGCAGCACCUGGCGCUCGCACUAUUGGCGACCUUGUUAAUGGGGAGAUAGAACGGACGCUCGAGAUCUCCAACCAAAGUAUCAUCAAUGCAACUGUCAAUAUGAGCGCCCGCUAUCACGAACCCGACCGCACGCCUCAUCAACCCCCACUUGAAGGUUUAGCAGCAUGUCUACAGGCGCGAGUACUCGCAUCAGAUUAUUGGCGUGGACGCAACGGGAGUGCCGGCAGUGGUGGUGAGUCCGAAGAGAGUAUGCGACGUCGCACUCCGCCGCUCGAUCCGCAUUCUAACACGUCCACGCCUCUCGUCGACGAAUUGCCUGACGGUGGCCGCCCUCCAGAAGGAGAAGGCGGCGAAGAGGUCGACGAGAGCAAAUGGCAGGACAGAAUCGCAUUUCGGUUCGAUCAGAUUAUAUCGUUCGCAUCGACCGCCAUGGAAGACAAGCGACGGCGGUCGGACGAGGCGUGCAACACGUCGCCCGACUCGGGCAUCGGGCACGGCGAGGCGGCGCGCGCGGCGGCGGCGGGCGCGGGCGGCGCGCGGGCGGGCGCGGGGGCGGGGCCGUGCGCGGGGGAGGGCGCGGGCGCGGGCGGGCGGUCGCCGUCGCCGCUGGCCGCGCACCACUUUAAAAAGCGGUUCUUCCGGCGCGAGCGCUGGGGCGCGUGGAGCGGCGCGCCGCCGCCCGCCGCCGUCGACUGGGAGCGGCCGGCGAUGUGACGCGCGCGCAGCUAGCGCUGCGACGUCUGCCGGUUCGCGCACCGGCGCUGCUCCUAGUACAUGCUGCGCAGAAGGUUUCAAUCGUACGUGUGCUCGCUCCCCGUUGCGGACUCGCUCGCCGUUUGUGCGGUGACGUCACGUCGUCGGUUUACGAUCGCAGUGAUUACCUUGACAAGUUUUAAAGUAACAUCGUAUGCAUUCAGAGAGUUGACUAAGCAUUCUGAGAUGAUUUGUAAUACAUACUAGUUUGUAUUCUUCCGUCAAAAGAAAAAAACUUGAAUUAAGUAAGGCGAUCGUAGACGAGAGACGAUAGUUGUACGAGUAGAUGACACGUUUUUUUCAGUCCCGUUCCUGUGGAAUCCAUAAGUGUGCGCGUGACGAGUUUCGUUAGAACACUGAACAUGCACAUUCAUGGACAGUGCCACAGUGUUUGGGUGACAAAGUACAUCUAACGAUUUAAAUCUUUUGCUGCGCCAACACGAGCGCUGACCGCGCUCAUUAGCGUAAUUUUUUUUAUCGGAACACUGCCGACGCGAGAGAAUGAGCGAUUGUAUUUUAUGUAAAUAGAGUCGGCUCGACAGUCGUCGAGUCAUUCUAGAGCGGCGAUCUUAGUCGGGCCUUCCUCGUAUGUUGAUUGUGCCGAUUUUUGUUACAUUUUUUUUUUCGAAUAUAUAAUGUAAUUAUGUAUAUUAUUGAGUUUAUUUUACGUUUAAGAAUUGUAAUUAUUUAAUAUUAGUUUUAUGUCGCCGUUCCGUUCGGGCGCUCCGACAAACGUUCGCGUUGCGACGGAUUGUAUUUCAUGUGUUCAUUUAGGUAUUAGAGUUUUGAAAUACAUGACUCGGUGAUGACGCAGCGGAUCUUCCUUACGCCGGUCGUUUGAUGAAUGUUUGUUGUUUUAUGAGUUUUGUUUUAAAUGUUACGGGAAGCUCAGUCUGAAUAAUGUCGUCAUUUCUUUGAAGAUGUCUUGAGAUUUACACAACAUAUAUUUAUAACGAACUACUGUCAACUACGGAAAUAUUAUACGAAGCCACUGUAGUGAAGUGUAAUUUAGUAUAACUUAAAGGGGCUAUUACAGAUCUUUAGUUUUACAGUUGCCUUGCAAGCGAUAUUACUAAAUAGUAGUUUAAAUUUUAUGGUUAUGAAAUAGCUCGUGGUCACUCUAAAAAAGAAAGUUGAUAAGUAAAAUAUAAAGAUUAGUCAGUACAUAAUAAAUAUGUAUCUUAUAUAUAAAAUAUUAUAAUUCAUUAAAAUAAAGAAAGUAAGUUUACUUGAAUAUAUAUUGUAGUUAUAUGAGUAUGUAAUAUAAAAUUUGAAAUGGCAAGAUGAUUCUAAUACAUAAAAACACCGAAAAAUUAUAAUCUUCAUUGAUUGCAGUAAAACAGAAUGUUUUUGCAGCUGAAUUGUGGCUAGGUUGCACUUUUUAUAGUUUUUUUUAUUAUUAACGAACACAUCAUUUUAUACAAAACUAAGUUAUAUAAUUAUACAAUCGCUUUCAUUUUUGAAAUAUGAAAUAUAAUUUUUUCAUGAAUAUUUUCUAGGUUUUAUAUAUCCAACCUUUUAAAUCAAUUUUAAUAUUUGACAUAAAAAUAAAUUUUAUUAUUAAUCGAAUCUAAUGCUUUUUACUGCAGCCAAUAUUAGUUACUGAUUAUUGUUGUUAAAUAUAAUAAUAAACUGAAGAUCAACAUAUGAACUUAAAUGAAAUAACUACUAUUUAAUAUCAUAACUAGCUGAGUUAUAUUAACUCCUUCUAAAUACCAAAGAGAGAAAACAUUAUGAAAUAGGUACAUUUGUAUAAUACCUAGCAAAAUUAUAUUAUAUCACAUAUGCAUUAUUGCUGUAUUGUACUAAAAAGAUGGUGGUUAAAAGGAUGGUAUAAGGACCCGAGCUAUUUUGAAGAAGAUUGUCAAUAGCACUCAUACAUACAUUUAUCUUAUGCAUCCUAAAAUUACCAGAUAAGAAGAAUUAUAUUUUAUAUAAAAAAUUGCAAAAAGUAUGUAUAUUCUUGCUUACGUCAGUAAGGAUAUAUAUUUUGAUACAAUAGAUUUAUUGUUUUCAGACAAAAGUCUUAAAUAGUGCCAAAAAGCAUGUUGUAUAUAAAACCUAACUUUUCACAUGUUUGUUGUUUGUGUCAGUAAUGAUGUGUGUUGAAUGUUUUAUGAAAAACAUUCGGACAACAGAGACGGAUUUGUAAUGUGCACUGUUACUUAAUAUGCAGAAUGUAGUCUUACAUAAAGUGUGUACUUUUGUAUAGAUAUUUGACUCUCUUUUGCAUUUUAUGGAUAAAUUAUGAGGUAUAAUACUUUUCUUACUGCCUUUAAACUUGACACUUGUUUCUUCUUUAAAAAUUUCAUACAGCUCAUAUAUUAUGAAAGUCAUUAUCUCAAUCUUGAAGUGGAAUAGCAUGUAAGUUCCAGGGUUUUUCAUGAUCUACGUAUAUACGUACAUGUAUAAAUAACACCAAUUGCGCGGUUCACACAACUGCGAUAAUUUUGGGACCAUAUGUAAUAAACUCUGAACCAUAUUGUAUAAUAUAGGUAAAUGUUUUCUUAACAACAUAACUUUUGGUUUUUUCUUUU